CCUAGCAUUUCAUGUUUUGAUUUUUAUUUUCAAGGAAACGCUGAGUAUUUACCAAUUUACCAUAUAAGUGGCCUAUUGGCGGUUAAAUAAAAACGGUGUGGUAGUUUCAAUUGUAGGAUUUCGUUGACCGGCUGUAUUGUAGAUUUUGUUUUGUACUUUUUUUUUUUCAAGUCCUAAGUGGUGCAAUAAACGUGUACGUGUUUGAGUUAUAAGUGUUCUUAUUGCAAUAUAAUAUAACUCUGUUGGCGUCUGUCUGCCGCGAAGAAAAGAAAUGUCGAGCACUAGUCAAAAACACAGAAAUUUUGUUGCGGAGCCCAUGGGAGACAAACCGGUCACCGAACUGGCCGGCGUGGGUGAAGUUCUUGGCCGUAAGCUGGAGAAUUCUGGUUUUGACAAGGCAUAUGUGGUCCUGGGCCAGUUCUUAGUUUUGAAGAAGGAGAAAGAGUUUUUCCAAGAGUGGAUGAAGGAUGUGUGUGGGGCCAAUGCAAAGCAGUCCGGGGAUUGCUACCAGUGUCUCUCCGAUUGGUGCAACGAGUUCCUCUGAGUUCUUUGUGGAGUACACUUUAUUAACAACUUUGUGACUGCAUGCCCAAUGAAGGAUGAUAUUUUUUAACGUACUAUGGUAGCAACAUUAUUUUUGUAUAUAUAUUUUAUGAAAUACCUAUAUGUUGCUGCAAUUCAUGUUGUGAAUAUGUAACUUGUGAAUGUUGCGAUAAAUUUGUUAACACAUG